AAACACGUACAACGUCGCUUCCGUCUCGUGUCUGCGGAUUCUUCGGGGACACCCGCGUCGUAAAAGUUCAACCGCGAUGAACGGAAAGUCCGAUUUACUUGAAAAACCGUCGCCGCGUUUCGGUGGCCGUUAGAAACCGACGUAGGCGCGAGCGAAACACGACCAAACGGUCCUCCGGGUCGUUUUUAGGUCGUUAAGCGUCGACGCAAAGAAGCGGGGACCCGUUAUUACCGACUCGGUGCUGCUCGUUUGCAAAAAUCACGACUCAGAUUCGACCGUUUAGCGCGUUUGUGCGAACCGGGAAGGAGCAUGCGCACUGGCGCCCACAGACAGAUGCGGAUAUAAGGAUUGGCGCCGGCGCCACAGCUGAUGCAUUCAUUCAUUCUUCGUUGAGGAGAAGAGCCAUAACCAGUCAGCACCAUGUCUAGACGCAGUGGUCGCCUCACGGUUCAAGUCAGGGAUUCAAACAUAGUCGAGCCAACCGUCAGAGAACCACUGAAGAAAAGAAAGUCUGAGGCUACUAAGGAGAAACUACAACCUGCGACCAAGAAGCAGAGCUAUGAAAUACAGAAGUGUUGGUCGGAGGACGGAGCGAGUCCUUGCAUUCUCAUCGAGACGCCCCACAAAGAGCUGGAGCCCUCAGACCCGUCCGGCUUCAAGCAGUACCGAUUCAAGAACCUCUUCAUCAAGGCCUCCCCCAUCCCCCGCCUCAGCUGGGCGAGUUCGGACGACGUCUGGAUAAAGAUGCUCAACAAGGAGCUGAAGUACGUUCACGACAACAGCUACCUGCAGCGGCACCCCAAGCUGCAGCCCAGGAUGAGGGCCAUCCUGCUGGACUGGCUGCUGGAGGUGAGUGAGGUGUACAGCCUCCACAGGCAGACGGCGUACCUGGCCCAGGACUACUUUGACCGCUUCAUGCUGACUCAGGAGAACGUCAGCGAGCACAACCUGCAGCUCAUUGGCGUCACCGCGCUCUUCAUCGCCUCCAAGAUAGAGGAAAUCUAUCCCCCUAAAAUCUUUGAGUUCGCCUACAUCACCGACGGAGCCUGUGACAUGUGGGACAUCCAGCGCACAGAGCUGCACAUCUUAAAGGCGUUGGACUGGAACCUGUGUCCAGAGACCCCCAUCUCCUGGCUGAAGCUGUACGUUCAGGUGGAAGCCCAGAAGGACGGCGAGAACUUCCUGGAGCCGCAGUUUUCUCAGGAGACGUACAUCCAGAUCACACAGCUGCUGGACCUGUGCAUGAUCGACAUCGGGUCUUUGGAUCACAGCUACAGCGUUCUUGCUGCCGCCGCCUUCUGUCACUUCUCUACUUUUGACGUGGUCCAUAAGGUCUCAGGCCUGACGUGGGAGAGCGUGUUCCCCUGCUACCAGUGGAUGAGUCCCUUCAUGGCCACGCUGCGCUCUGAAGACAAGCCUCAGCUCAAGAACUUCCCCAAAGUGAAAUCUGAUGACCGGCACAACAUCCAGACACACGUGGCCUACCUGGACCUGCUGAGAAAAGCUCAGGAGCGUCAAAUCGACGGCCCUGAAUGUCACCUUUCACCUGUAGCGCUGGGAAAGAUGCUGACCCCGCCCAGCAGCACAGAGAAAUCAGCCGGUCCAUGAUUUGGGGGGGGGGACCCGCGGGACACACUACCUCUCUUCAGGACAACGUGGCGUGGCGGACAGCUGCUCAGGCGACUCUGAGCGCGGCGCUGAGCGGGGAAACGGCGUCUGGCUGUUUUUAACACUAAGCUCCGACUUCCUGGCAGCUGUAACCAGACGAGGAGCCGGUGAUCUAUGAGUGGUUUAUUUUGUUUUUAUUUCAAGUAUUAAAUAUGGUUUUAAGCACCAGCAGCUGUAUUGAUAAAGCAGUUUUCAUCUGAUGUGGUAGCGCGCCUUUUUAAAAAAACGAACUCUACUCUUUAUGAAACAUCAUCGCCUCAGAAGAACACGGCUGGGUUUGUGAAGUCGGAGCAUUUCAGAACCACCAGAACCAUAGGAAUCAUUUAUGGUGUCCUUUGGGUGUCUGCUGCACCUCGUCUGCUUGGAGCUAAAUGUUUUUUAAUUUUCUAUAACUGUUGCCAUGUGGUUGCAACCGUUUGUUACGUUCCUGGGGAAAACUUGACAUUUGUGCAAACUUUUAUGCUUUUUUGAUUUUUCUUUGCUUGUAUUUAUUAAUAGGCCUUAGUCAGUAAAGGAAAAAUGUUCUUGUACUCGCUGCCAAAGGCAAACAGGUGUUGGAGUUUUUUACUCCAGAACGUCUGUAAAUGUAAGGCUCAGCAUGAAAUGUUGUACAUAAGGAUGCCUUUAGUGCCUUUUUUUUUUUUUUUGAGAAAAAUCUGAACAAGAACUCAAGUUAAGCUGGAGCGAGCCAAAAAAAAAAAACGUGGAAAUCCAACAAACCUGUGACUGUAAACCUCCAGAGUGAACACAUAAACCAUGUGAACUGUGUAUAAAUGUUGAAGAAUGAAAUGAAUGUAAGUUUUUGUAUAUACAGCAAUUUAAAAUCUGUAAUUUUCUUUUAUAUUAAUGUUUUAAUUAAAAUGAGGAAGCUUG